AUGAGACAACCCUCGUCACGGCAGCGCGACGGCCCGCCGUCUCGAUCGCCUGUGGGCCGCCGCGGUAUCCCUGCGGUGGUACCUCAUGGGUCUCUUUCAGGGGACUUUGAGACACCACCACCACCGUCACGGCGUCUGCGCAGUCGUAGCAGCCCGUUCGACACCGCACCCUCACCGCCUUCGUUCCCACCGGCGACCGGGCUCGGUAUUAGUGUGGUUUCUGUGCAGCCUUGCCCACGCAGUAGGCCAGUCGCGCAGAGGCGUACUAUGAUGUCGGUGGGCAAGGCCAGGGCUGCCGCGAGGAUUGCACCGCAAACCAGCCGUCUGCUGAGCAGCCGUGAAACGCGCCUUCGCAGGGAACACAUCUCGGAAGGACAGCCGGGAAGCCACUCUGCAGACGCCGCGACUCCGCGGCGUCUGCUAAUGCGCAGAUUCAGUGGUGGAGUGGCCUCUGCGCGACCACCUGCUAUCACCUCUGCUCAGCUUGUCGAACUGCCGUCCUCCUCGGGGGUCACACCAGCCAGCUUCGGAAUUGAAGUCGCCGGUCUGACAACCGACCACGCGCCGCGACGCCCACUUGGGGCCUCUCAGAGAUCAGCCCUGUCCACGUCGCUGCUUUUCACCUUUCCAGAGGCGACGCCGUCGGCGCCGACGGUUGCAGGCACCGAUGGCCCAUCAAUGAGCGGCCAGGAAAGCAGAACCGUCUCGUGCACGUUCCCACCGACGCAGAAGACGACGCGCACAUCCCUGUCAACUUCGUCUGAUGCUGCACCGACCGCCAUGGCGUCCGCUUCUCUGGCAGACUCGGUACCGCUUCUUGGGGCUCACUUCACGACUGCCUCAGGUGAGGAUGACGAGGAGCGCACACUUGGGUCUCUCUCCGCGUCGCAGCCGCUGAGUCGCUUCACAGCGAUGCGCGAGCCUUCAACCCUCGCCGCUUCUACGAGGAGCCCACACAUGCCAUCGAUCGCCAUGCACGGUCGACUUAUUCCAUCAGUGACGAGUAUCACCGACAGCUUGCACUGCUCCACAACGACGGACACCGCUGCUACACCGCGAAGGGGCAGCUGUCUGGUUUGGUUGCCUGCCGGUAGCGCCAUGGACUUCUCCGGAUGCUCUUCUACGACGAACCCCAAGUCAUUUAUCGACGAGCGGCGAUCCAUUCACACGUCGGCUCUCAUUGCAGAUGACGGCGCACAUCACUGCCAGAGCAGCGCGGAGCCAGCGUCGCAGGGUAUGGAAAGCGACGGUGACGUACCUGCACCACUCAAGGCACAUUUGCCCAGCACCCCGCCACUGCCCCACGACCCUGUCGCUGGGCAUACAUGGAGAGCGGAAUUUAUGACAUCGAGACACGCCGUCUCAGGGGCGCUGCACGUUGCCCACACGCCAGAGAAGCACCCACCGCGUACCGUCUUGCCAUCGCCAGCGCGUACUGUGAAGACCUCCAUACAAUCGCAGCGCGUAUCGGCGCGUUCUGUGGGGACUCACGGCGCGCCUAUGCGUCCACCACUCCCAAGAGAGGGUGCGAUUGGUGGCGACGGGGGCACAGGAACGACCUUAUCAGGCUGCGAUGCCUGUACAGCAGUCUCUUACUCUCCUAAUCCCACCCGUUCACCGCGCGCCAGCCCCAGAGGCACACCACACCGCGUGAGCAACUCCUCGGAUCGCCUCCGAUUUGUUACACCUACCAUGACUGCCACCGGUGCAAGCAACUCCGGUGCCUCACCUCGCACCAAAUCGCCGACCGGGACUUUGUCGGCUGAGCUGACCAAGCGUGCAAUAAAGGAUCGUCGGCGACGGGAGCUCUACGCAUGGAACGAGCAGCUUCGGUUACAGAACGAGUCCAGCGUUCAAGACGCUGUCUGA